GUUUUUGCAGCCAUCAUGGCUCCAUUCUCCAAGCCUGAGACGGUGCUCAAGCAGGCUGAAGGCCUGGUUUCCGUUGGGCAAACCCAUGCGGCCAUACAAUCCCUCACCGAGAUGUUCUCUUCCAAACGCUUCCGGUCGACCCCACUUGCAAGUCUGGAGCCAAUAAUGCAUCGCUUCAUCGAGCUCUGCGUAGAGACACGGAAAGGACGGACAGCCAAGGAGGGGCUCAUGCAAUAUAAGAAUAUUGCUCAAAAUACCAGCGUUCAAUCUAUUGAGGCAGUCAUCACUCGUUUCGUCCAACUCGCUGACCAGAAAGUCAAAGAGGCGCAGGAGAAGGCAGCAGUGAAGGUUGCGGUGGACGUCGACGAUCUGGAGGCCAGCGAGACACCGGAGAGUAUCUUACUUGGCGCCGUUAGUGGAGAUCAGAGCAAAGACCGUACCGACCGCGCCCUGGUCACUCCCUGGCUCAAAUUCCUAUGGGAAAGUUACCGCACAUCCCUUGAAACCCUCAAAAACAAUGCUCGGCUGGAACAUAUUUACCAAACUAUCGCCCAACAAGCUUUCAAAUUUUGUCUCAAACAUCAACGCAAAGUCGAAUUCCGUCGUCUCUGUGAAACCCUCCGCCUUCACCUUUCCAACGUCGCAAAAUAUUCACACCAGCCUCACUCUAUCAAUCUCUCUGACCCAGAAACCCUCCAACAUCAUCUCGACACCCGUUUUGCUCAACUCAAUACAUCCGUCGAACUUGAGCUAUGGCAAGAGGCAUUCCGAUCAGUCGAGGAUGUCCACAACUUGUUGACGAUGGCGAAGAAAGCGCCUCGUCCAGCCAUGAUGGCCAAUUACUAUGAAAAGCUCACGAAAAUCUUUUUAAUGUCUGGCAAUGCGCUUUAUCACGCUGCGGCUUGGGGCCGUUAUAACGCUGUUCAUGUCCCUCCAGCAUCAAAGACUGGUGAUGAUAUUGCACGCCUCGCUGGUCAGGUGCUUGUCAGUGCACUAGCAGUUCCAGUAGGACUUUCGACCGCAGAACCUGGCCAAGCUCGCCUCACUGCCCUUCUCGGUCUUUCGAAGCCACCUACCCGAGCCGGGCUUAUACAGGAUGCAUUGGCACGUGACGCCCUUAAGCACGCACCAGAUUCAAUCCGAAAGUUGUACGAUGUUCUUGAAGUCACAUUCGACCCUCUCACACUUUGCGCCGACGUGGCUCCCUUGUUUUCUGCGUUGGCUACCAGCGCUGAUUACGCACCAUAUCUCCCUCUUCUACAGCGAGCCGUUCUCAGUCGUUUACUCUCUCAGCUGGCACAAGUCUAUGCAUCUGUCCGCAUUGCUUAUGUCAUGGAGCUCGUUGCUCCCCUCCGCGCCGGUGACAGCGAGCAAAUCGACAAACCGAUUUCGGUCUUUGAUCCUGAGCAGGUCGAAAGCUAUAUUAUGGGUUGUGCUCGCCGUGGCGAAUUGCGAGUCCGGGUUGACCAUGCUGACGGAAGCAUCGCAUUUGUCGACGAACCCUUUGCUGAUGCUCUCGGCUACGACGACGACGGCAAUGCCUCAUCAACCUCUAACGACACAGAUAUUCUCGAGUCUGUCGUCCAACCGCGAGUAUCUGAAGUAGUUCGAACCCGUCUAAGUCGCGUUGCAACAUGUCUUCACAAUGCUCUUCAAGCUCUUGAGCCACCUCCUUCGACUCCAUCGUCAGAGGAGGAAGAGCAAGCUCGAUUCAAAGUCUUGCUUCAAGGAGUUCAAACAGAACGCAAGGCACUCGCACUAAGACGUUCACUCGUUGCCAGGCGACGAGAACUUCUUUCCGAACUGACCGUACGUCGUGAAAAAGAGGAAGCUCUUCGUAGGGCGGAAUCUACUCGACGUGAAAAGGAGGAUGAGGCCAAACGGUUGCGCGAGGAAGCUAGGCGUCGCGACCUAGAAAGGGUCCAAAAGAUACAAGCUGAAGUUAAAGCCAACGAGGCUGAGCGGUACAUGACAACGCUAGUGAAGAAAGGAAUUCUCAAAGCCAACGACACAGCCGCCGCGGCGCUCGACACGGAAGGUCUGAUUGGAAUGCAGGUUGCACAAUUGGAGAAAGAGAAACGGGAGAUGUCUGAAAGGCUACGUGGUGUCUCCAAACGCAUCGAUCAUCUAGAGCGUGCCUAUCGCAAAGACGAACGACCGCUAAUUGGGGAAGAUUAUGCGAGACAACAAGAAACGGACAGGCAGACAUUUGCCCUCGUUCAGGAAUCAAGAUUUGAAUCGUCUCAAGCUGCCCAUCGAGAAGACCUGGAGACCAAGACACGUUUGAGUCGUAUGCUUACUGAGUAUAACUCGCGUCGGGCGGCCAUAAUAUCGAGGCGUGGCGAGGAGUAUGCCAAGCGCAAAGAGGCUGCAACGCGCAAAAUCGAAGAUGAAAAAGCCAAGCGACGCAGAGUGGUGCUGGCUAAACGGGAGGAGGAGAUGCGUGUAGCCCUUGAGUUGAAGCAAAAGGAGGAGGAACGGCUGGCGGAGCAGCACAGAAAGGAGCAAGAAAGGCUUGCUGAAGAGGAAAGGAAACGAGUCGAGGCGGAAGCGGCUGUUGCGCUGGCAGAGGAGGAAAAACGUAUCGCAGAAGAGAAAGCUGCGGCUCAACGCAAGGCGCGUGAUGCCGAACGGGCUGAAACUAUGGAACGGGCCAGGCAACAGCAACUUCGCGAAGAUGAAGCUGAGGCACGUGCAAAGGCACGUGCUUCGGAUAAGAGUGCUCCUGCUGUCCGCAAACCCAUAUUUCCUACAUCCAGCUCUCGUCCUUCGUCUUCGGGCGCUGGAACUGAGCCUGGAAGUGUAUGGCGGAGGUCCGCGGCACAGACGACACCGAAUUCAUCAACUCCUGCGACCCCGACACGUACUCAAGCUCUUGCUGGAAGUGGCACUCCACCCCGCGCAGAAAGCCCAAGUCCUGCACCCGGAAAGUAUGUGCCAGGCGCUUUCCGUGGCGGUGCACCAGCGAGUGGUGGUGGUGGUGGUGGUGGUUGGCGAGAACGUGCAGCAGCGAAAGAACAGGCCUCCGCUGCCAAUCCUCCUCCUCCUGUGACAUCGACCAAGGAAGAACCACCCAAGGAUGAAGAAGGAUUCCAAACAGUAUCCAAACCUGGUGUCUGGCGUCCGCGGCGAGGUGGUCGACCGUAA